AUGGCAUCUUCAUUACAAAACUAUGUUCUUGUUCUCUUACUCAUAGCCAUAAUUCAAUUCAAAACUACCUCUUCUCACCAUCACCACCAUCACCUAAAAUCCCUUCACUUUUCACUAUACCAACACGAAACAAUAAACAAAACAGGUUACAUCAUAGUGAACGGUAUACCACAAUCUGCUGGAGUCACCGAAACAACAACACCUUUUGGAACAUUAUUUGUGUUUCAAGAUCCUUUAACUCUAACCUCAAAGAGAUCCUCCAAACUAGUUGGAAUUGCUGAAGGUACUUCUAUCACCUCGAGUUUCGACGGGCUUCGAAGCAUUUCGAUUGCAAAACUAACUGUUCGUUGGAAAGAUUAUAAGGGUUCCGUUUCUAUUGUUGGUGGGACAAACAAUGUUAAGGCUUCGGAUCAUCCUAUUGUUGGAGGAACAGAAGAUUUCAUGUUUGUGCAAGGAUAUGUUACCUCUUCACCUGUUGAUCUUACUGGUAUUACUGUUGUUUAUAAGAUUGAGUUUCAUAUUUAUUGGCCUCCAUAUGCAACUCAAUCUUCAUGA